AUGUUGAAAAGUAAACUCGGUGGAUACAAAGGGAAGAAGGAGAUGCACAGAGAACUGGCUCAGAAACAGAGCUCAACAGGCUACGGAGGGAAGGAGGGCAGUGAAGACCUGGCAAGCCGGUCCCCGGCCCACCUCGGUGAUCACGUCGUGCAGGUAGCGGAAGGGCGGCUUACUCAGCAGCCGAUCCGUCAAGGGCGGCUUGCGGAUCACUUGGCCCAAGCACUCCUGCGUCCGUCGUACCACCGCCUCGUUCAUAGCGACGGCGGGGCCGGGGCCGCCGCCGCCGCCGCCGCCCCCGCCGGCUGCGAGCAUUCCCGUCCUGCCUCGCGGCGCAGCGCCCCUCACUGCGCAGGCUCGAAGCCGCAGCACGCGGCUGCUAGGCACCGCGCGGCCCUAGCAACCGGCUUCGCCGACAUCUUAGGCCCUGCCGUCAGGGCCGCCCGCCGCCCUCGCAUCUCGGGGGGAAAAGUGUGCCGCUUGAGUUGCAAGAAACCACUGAUGGUUAUUCACCGCUUAGAAGAGUGUCCUUACAGCCAACAGCUUAGAGGAAAGCAUUUGCAUCUAGCCCAGAGAGCCAGCAGAUGGCCCAGGAGGACUUCCACAUGCUUAAUCUGGUGGUUUUGUAAAGCACCACCACAGUUCCCACCACAGUUCCUUCUUGGAGAGAAGGCGAAGAGACUUCCAUACACACACUUACCGCUAUGGAAACACCAUUCUGUAUACUUCAACCACAAUCCCCCUAUGACAGUUCAAGCUGAUCUAACCGGCAAAUAUGGGAACAGGAUGUAUGCUUACAAACCAGAAGACAUUUUGAUCUUUCUACAGAUGUGGGGAUCUUUCCUUUCCAGUUGCUUCUGCACACAGAACUUUGAACAAGAGGCACCACUGAUCUGCACAGAGACUGGAGGCAGCAGCCCUGGAAGUGCUGAGAAACACAGCAAAGCACACAUGAGCCAUCCUCAGUCCUUCCUUCAGAGAUAUUUCACAGAGAAGCUACAUUCACAAGAACUCCAUGCAUCCCACACACAAUAGAUGCACAGAGAACCAACUGAUUAGGAAGCAACCAAGAGUUCCAAAGACAUCUGUGAAAACACUGGGACUGCAGCAGUGGCCAUCUGGCUCACUUUGUGAUAUUUGAUUAUGAACCGUAUCUGAACAUUAACUAGACUUGGCAUCUUAUCUUUUACUUCUUUUAUACCGUUGGUCAAACAGGAGCUGAAGCAGUGGUACUUGCAAACAGCAUUCAAUAAAGGAGAGAUGAUGGGAGUCCACUGCCUGGCUGUAAUACAGAUCUUGUCAGGGAUCUUUAUCAAUACUUUGUCUUUUGCAUUUGUCUGCAUGCAGAGCUGUGCUACUCACUCCCUCUUGACCACAUAUCAGUCAGUAAAAGGAAGAACAGUUCAGUUGUUAGCUUUCUAAAUAAGUCCCUGUGUGAUCUUUCUUCCUUCUUGGUGUUUGUACAAGUGAAACACAAAGAGACAAGUCAAAUAGACAUCUGUAAAUCACUCUUUAUUUUGCAAAGAACACUUGAAAAAUAAAGAUGAAAAGUUUA